AGAUUGUAACGUAGGUUUUCGUCUUACAUGAAGGUACCAUGUGUUCUGAGAGAGUAUUAGUUUCAGUAUGUGAUAAUAUCUUUAAUAGGAAAGAAUAAGAGAAAAGGUUGGCUGACGACGAAGUAAGCACAGUGAAUUUACUAGUGUAAGCUUAAAUUCAAUGACGAACGCAAUUGACGACAUUCAGAAAUAACAUCAACGUGAGAUUAAUAAAAAUGUAACAGUUAAAAUAAGAGGCUGAUAGUUCAAUGUUCUGAACGUGUUAAAACGUGGUUAAGCUUGGGAGCGCAUGAUUAUAAUCAUGAACGUGUUCAGAAUUUACUGUUAGCAGAUAGUAUUGCAACAUCAAUGAGGUCUAAAGAUUUUUCGUGUAUAUUUUUGGGGGCUUUUAUUAAUUUACGUCCGUUUGGAGACUUAAUAGGGAGUUGACUAUUCACUGAUUAGUGACUUAAGUCUCUAAAACUUUGCAACUUAUUAUUUACAUAUUAUAAUUGAGAAUGUCUUUAGAAAAGUUUCGGCUUUAUUUCUGGAGUUUUGAGUGCUACUCAAUAAGCAGAGUUAAAUUUCAGGAAACUGAACUUCUCAGUAGGUGAUUUCCAUGAGAAGAUGCAGAGUUUUCCCUUUCAAGUGACUGAUUUUUUAUGGACGAAUCAAUCACGUAUAACAUGAUAGGUCUCGGAUGUGGGCGCGAAAUGCACUCAUUCAUUCGAAUAAAGGAAGUUUUGGCGCUAUAGCUGGUGUUAGUUCGCGGUUUCUAACCGUAAUCACAAACUGUAAAUCAUAAUUCUAAUUCCUCACACAGGUUUAUAACCCUCAUUUGGUCCUGAUUAUUAUGUUAACACUCUAGGUUAAACUGGCGUCGCUCAAAGGUCGUCUACAAAUUACAGUCUCACCACUUUCAAGAUCUAAAAUCCCUACAUAACCUUUUUCUCAGUUUUAUGGCGUGUAAUAUCUAAGCGGUUUUUUAUCCGGAAAAUGUCCUUGAGGUACUUUUUUGAAUUCUUUCGAAUUUACUUGGAGUUAGAAGUGUACACUUCCCAUCAAUCGAAUAUGAAAAAACUCAAUUUAGGCAAAGUACGGUGUUCGAUUUUGAGUUAUGUUUUAUGAAUUUUGUUAAUUCACUACGGUAUGUUUCUGUUAAUAAGCGUCGUAAAUAACAUGGUUUCACUAGUUUCACGGUCGUUUACUUUUUCCAGCUCCACAUCGUUGUAUGAAUUCAUUUCAGUAGACUUAGUUUCAAAACAUCUAGUUACAGUAGAUGACCUUAAUCAUUUCAAGUGCCAUCGCAUUUAAGGGUUUGAACUGGGUGCUUGUUUCAAGAAAAAAAAACAGUGAAAGGCGACCCAUAUAUUGGCGAAUACAAAACUGUUUCUAUAAAAACAGCUGGUACUAAGAUGUUCCCUUUGAAAAUAAUACUGUUAGUGUUUAAUGCAUCACCAUUGGGUCAUAUUUCAUGCAUGUGAUUUGUAUGUCAAAAUUUGACCCAUUACGAAUAUGUUUUAAAUUUUGUGGGUGUGCUUUUCUUUAGCGUUGCCUUAUCAUUCAGAAUUUUUCGAAAAACUAAAAUAAUGACAGACAGCAGGUGCAGAAUGAAGCAAAGCAACACAAUAAUGGAGUACUUAUUAAGGAUGAUAAAAGCAACUAAUAUUAUUUCGUUGAGUUCUUUAACUGCUUGCCUUUUUCGCUCCAUGGAUGACAGCCAAAAAGUCUAUAAAUGUUCAUACUUCUCAAAUAGACGGUGACUUGAUGAGCUUAGCGCAUUUGGUCACGGGUGAUUUACUUUUAAACCAAAAAACAUCGCUCUAUGAAGUAGGUAAGGACCAAUUGUACUUAUCACUAGUUUAGUCACUCUAGCUUGUGCAGUGUAGGAAUGGAGGUAAAAAUUUCGUAUUCAAUGUGGCUGAACAUUGAACACACUCCUAAAUUUGUCUAUUACUUUUGAACUUAAAUAAAUCCUCACCUAGAGCAGUUUGGUUGGGGGAAUCAAGUGACAUAACCGAAAAUCAUUCUGAGCAGCUCAGUUGUAUGCAGUUUCCUGUUGUCCAAAUCUGUCUGAUUUACAAAGACCAGUGAAUUAAUAUGACAUCGCUAAUAAGUUAAUCACUCAUAAUCAAUGCAAAGCCUCACCCAAAUCUAUUGAUUGAUUGAAGUUAUUUUAUUACCAUUUUGUGCCAGAUUUUGUGCUCAAGUAAAAAAGGAAACACCUAACAAGGAUUACGUGACCUUAAAGUUUAUUGUACUGUAAUAUAAUUAAAAUGAACUGUAUUUGUGGUCAGAUUUGAAAAACCACUAAAUAUCAGCUUAGAAACGUCAAACGGUACAAAAAAAGUGACACUGCAGUAUUGAAUCUAUGAAAAAAUAACUACAUAUCAUUACAUGUUCUUUCCUUCACGGUAAUUGGCUCAGAUAAUGUAUUGGUUAAUGAAAUUACUGCGAUGUUGAGAUUUCGUUUUAUUUCUGAAAUUAAUUUUUCUAGAAAGACAAAAGUACUUUGUCGUAUUCUGUUUGAGGCUUGGUUAGUGCACUUCAUAAGUAAUACCUUCAAUAUAGUAACCACAUAAAGAAUUUACUGAACCAGGUCUACAUGAUCGAAAUUCUCAGUAACUUGCAAUAUAAUUUCACUGUGCUUUCAACCAGUAGGUCGCAAUUUCGAAUCCUGGAUUACCUACCGUAGUAUUAGAGAUCAGAAUCGAUCACAAUGGCGGUGUACACUCUUUUUCUUCCUUUAAACUGAGGUUAAAAUUAAUUUAUACCUUUCUUUCUACGAAAUAAUUCUUUCUUCCUGUGUCAUAUGGAAUCUUUUUUAACUACCAUCGAACUAAAUGGUUCCAUGAAUUUGAUGUUCAUCUUGUUGUACUAAUGUGUAACAACUUGGACCGACACAUAUAUGCGCCUGAUCCUACGUUGCAGCUGACUGACUGAGAUCAGUUAGUAUCACUAACCCUUACUCAUUGUAGCUCCAAACAGGGUACAGAAUCAUGUACUUCGUAAUUUAGUGACAUUUACGUAUUUUUAUUUUCAGUAAAGUUGUAGUAAGAUAAAAUUGGUUCGCUUUAUUUCAUGAUUACUAAUCAUCAAUUUCUAUUUCUUCAUGGAUCCUACUUCAGUUAUUUAUUUAUUUGAACACAUAUAUAUUGGUACAGGAGUGCGCCGAAUAUAUCUACUUCAGUUAACAAUCGGAAAGUCCCCACAUGGAUCAUAAAAUCAAUGAAAUAACUGAAAAUAUUAAGCAACGUAGUCGUGAGGGUGCGUAUCCUCUCUUCAAGCAAACGGGUCCGGAAUAUGUGAUGCCGAAAUUUCCGAUUGAGAGGAAAGAGAUGGAAGAUCAUAUCUUGGAAUUAAAACUGGCCCGAGCAUUAAGUGUGGCAGACAAUGAUUCUAAACUUCUCGUUAACGAAGAAAACCAUGAUCUUACCAUUUCGAAUCCUUCAGCUACCUGUAAAGCUAUUAGUUUAGAUGACUGCAAUUCUUUUGAAAGCAUAACAAACGAUCAUGAAUCUGUGUUAUCUAGCAAAAAGAAUAUAUUUAACCAAGAUUCUUUCAACUCUUUAUCCGUACUCCCUGAAACACCAUCUGAUGAACCAAAUCUUCACUCUAGCCAAUCUGCUACUUCAGACGUGAAUACGUCUUUGGAAUCUGGUAACCGGAUGCAACCUAGGCUUACUCAAAACAAUAUUCAGUUUCAAAAUGAGCAGAACUGUGGAAGUUCUUUAUUCCGAAGAUUAUACAGCAUCCCUAGUACAAAUAACGAUGGAUUACCAAUAUAUUUAGCACCUGCGCCAAAUCCAGGCGUAUUCACAGAUGUAGUUCCUGUUCUCCAAGAAGUAGAAGAAGCGGCUGAAGCACACAUAGAGUCAGCAGCUGUAGAAUUCCAACGUGUUCAAAUCUGCGGGGAUGAUACUCUUGGUGUUCCUGUAGAUGAUUUACAUUUAGCUUCAGAAGCAUUGAUUAAAGCCUUAUUAUUACGUCAAAAAUACAUUACUUCAUCAAAACAAUCAUUUCAUUGUACAACUAAACGAUAUUUAAGUGUACUGGAUUCAGGUUCAGUAAAAUUAUUGGAUUCUGAGGAAAAGCAAUAUAAAUCUAUACACACCCCUGUAUUUGAUCAUCCAAUUCAUCCUCCUGGGAAAACUGGUGAUCCUUUCGAGAUAGACUAUUGGCCUGAACCAUUAGACGUUAAAAUGGAAUUUCGCAAGGGUAUAAUGCACAUCGAAACAUUGUCUGAUUCACCAGACAGAAACCAGGGGAAUUUAAUAAAUGGGACAUCAGAACAUAAUCAUAAUAAUGAAACUGAUGUUGAUCAACCUAUGAAAAAAGAUCUACCAGAAUUCACUAUACCAUCUCUACAGACAUUCUUCUCAGACUUCGAUACAAUACGUACAUUUGUAGGAGAUGGUCCAUUGAAGUCAUUCUGUUAUCGUCGACUGACUUACUUGGCUUCAAAAUUUCAAUUGCAUUCAUUGUUGAAUGAAGCUCGGGAAUCAUUUGAGCAAAAACGUGUAUCACAUCGUGAUUUUUAUAAUAUUCGAAAGGUUGAUACUCAUAUACAUGCAUCAUCAUGUAUGAAUCAAAAACAUUUACUACGUUUUAUCAAGAAAACAAUUCGUACUAAAUCAGAUGUUUAUGUAUGUGAAGAUCCAAAAACUAAAAAGCCUAUGACAUUAAGUGAAUUGAUUGAUAAAAUUGGGAUUACACUUUACGAUUUAAAUAUUGACAAUUUGGAUGUCCACGCUGAUCGUAACACUUUUCAUCGAUUCGAUAAAUUCAACGCUAAAUACAAUCCCAUUGGUCAAAGUCAACUACGUGAAGUGUUUUUGAAGACGGACAACUACAUUAAAGGCGUUUUCUUUGCACAUGUUCUGAAGGAAGUGUUCUAUGACUUUUCUGAAUCGAAAUAUCAAAAUGCUGAACCACGUCUUUCAAUUUAUGGUAGAUCUAUCAAUGAAUGGGAUAAUUUGGCUAAAUGGGCUAUUGAUUGUAAAGUUUAUUCUGAUAAUAUACGUUGGUUGAUUCAAGUGCCUCGUCUUUUCGAUGUUUAUCACGCCAAAGGAUCAAUGAAAUACUUCCAAGAUAUUAUCACAAACGUCUUUCAACCUUUGUUCGAGGUAACUGUCAAUCCUAAAUCCCAUCCUGAACUACAUGCAUUUUUACAAUAUGUAACUGGUUUUGAUUCAGUGGAUGAUGAAUCGAAAUCUGAUAAAGUUGUAUUCAAUGCAUCAACUCCUACACCGGAUGUAUAUGAUUUAAAUGAAAAUCCUCCAUACUCUUAUUAUAUAUUUUAUAUGUUUGCUAAUAUAUCUCAAUUAAAUCAACUAAGAAGUCAUCGAGGCUUAAAUACAUUCUCAUUUAGACCUCACUGUGGUGAAGCAGGUAAUAUUAAUCAUUUGGUUACUUGUUUCCUGUUGGCUGAAAGUAUCAAUCAUGGUUUGUUGUUACGUAAAGCUCCUGUUCUACAAUAUCUUUACUUUAUUGCUCAGAUCGGAAUAGCUAUGUCACCUUUGAGUAAUAAUUCUCUGUUCUUGGAUUAUCAUCGUAAUCCAUUGAAUGACUUUUUAGCACGGGGUCUGUUCGUCAGUCUUAGCACUGAUGAUCCUUUACAAUUUCAUUUUACUAAAGAACCAUUGAUUGAAGAAUAUAGUAUAGCUGCUCAAGUAUGGAAAUUCACAUCUACUGAUAUGUGUGAAUUAGCACGUAAUAGUGUUUUGAUGAGUGGUUUUUCCCCUCUGAUUAAAUCUCAUUGGCUUGGACCUAAUUAUACUCAAGAAGGUGUUAUGGGUAAUGAUAUAACUCGAAGUAAUCUACCCAACAUUCGCGUUGCUUAUCGUUUUGAAACCUUAACACAAGAAUUACGUUUGUUAUUAAAUUCUGUGUUAGCGAGUCGAACUAGUGGAUCUGUUUCACCUGGUAGUAGUACAGUAAUGCAUUCUCCAAAAAAGAACCAUAUUUCAACAGAUUCUAGUCAAAUCGAUCAUUUAAAGAAAUGAUUAUUCUUGAUACAAUAUAUAUACAAUGAUUAUCGAUACUAAUUAGCUGCUAGUAACACUUUUGUCUUUUCUUUUAAAUGUGAAUUCACUUAUCUUAAUUUGAAUUCUUCUUUCUGAAUAUAUUUGUUCAUGGUUUGUUAUGAAUUAAACAGUUGUAACACAUUCUAACAUUCAUAUAAAUAUCUACACUUCUUUUGCAGAUAAAUAUCAUAACGUAGAAAUUAAUUUUUCAUCCAUAUAUUCACACUAUCUACAUUUAUCUUUCAUUCUGAUGUGCUUAUUUUGAUUUAUUAUUAAUUAAGAGUCCUAAUAUAAGUACCAUUUGAUGCUAGAUAUUUUAUUACUAUUAUUUCUGGGAAUAAUUGUAUCUCACUUACACCAUUCAUCAUUUAAUGAUGAUAAUCCACUGUUUAAACUUUCUCUGCGUUCAUCAAUUCUGAUGAAGUGUUGUUAACAACACAUCUACAAAGAGAAAUUCAUUACAUUAAUGAUCAUUUUAAUUGUAUCAUUAAAGAUAAUAAUUUGUGCGCAUAUACAUAAACAAACGCACAAGUUGAAUGCAUUUACGGUAAAAGUGCAAAUGUUUUAAUACAGUGUUGAUUUAUCUGGUUAAAGAUGUUUAUGUUGCUUUUUAAUAGUGUACGGUAACAAAUCUUUAUGUUAUUAUGUAAUGAGAAUGAACUUUGUAAUAUCAUUAAUGUCUAUCAUGUGUUUUUUUGUUUGAAAUACGCAAUUAUUUAUUCAAUCAAAUUUUAUUUCAAAAAGUAAUCAUUUUAAACAAGAAUAUUUUCUACUUACUC